AUCUUCAGGCUUCAUAUUUCAAAAGGUAGAAUGCUCGGUAUAUGAAAUUCUAGGUAGAAAGUCAAAUUCAGGAUUUAAGAUAAGUGGCCAAGAAUUUUGAAAGCAUUGCUAUAUUGUCUUCUCAUUGGCACAGUGGUAAGAUUUGGUACAAUUUUUGUUUUGUCUUGGCUUUCUUUUGCUCUUAAAAAUCUCUGUGGCUGGUAUUCUAAAAAUUGCAUGAUACUGUGCUUUGGUGGGCUUGACAAUCCAAAAAGUAUUUUCAAGUUCUCUUUUCACCCUUCCUCACCCCACCAGCUUUUUCUUUGAUGUGGCACUGCGUGAAGUACUAGAGCUUGGAAUUGAGCCUCCGGCCUUGUUUUUUUUCUGGGACAUUUUCUUAACACAAUUUUCCAUUCUUUUUAUUGCACCUUAUUUUCAGGUAAUGUUAAAUUACCUGCCUGUGUUGUCGCUGUGUCCUUUUGCCUGUAGUUCCUGAACCUGACUAAAUACGGCAGGGUCAUUCAGCUUCCCCGUGAGGGAGAGUCCUACUAAGGCAGAGGCACCACUCUUCCCCUCAUGAAUAUAUGUAUUGAAUUCUUCAGUAAAUUUGCUUCCUAUUUUCAUUUUUAUGGUUUUAUAAAUUUUUAUUCCUAUUGUGCCUUUUUUGGGGGAGGGUGUGAGAUAAAGUUAUAUAAAGUGAGAUUUCCUGUUGGGACAAAGUACCUGACACCCACAUCCUGAAGUAAGAGAGGUUUAACUUGGCUCAAGGUUUAGGGAAUUCAGUUCAUGGUUGGCUGGCUUCAAAGCAGAAGUGACAUGGAGGAAGGGCUUGGCAGAGGAAAGCUGCUUUUCUCUUGGCAGCCAGGAAGCAGAGAAGGGAGGAGGUAGGUGACACCUGCAGGGACACUCCUCUUCCAACCAGGACCCACCUGCACACAGCAUAGUCAGCUGUGAGUUCAGCACCCCAAGAUCCAGUUGCCUGCCUGCCUCCUCUGAACGUGAGACUUCAGGGAGACAUUUUAGAUCCAAACCAUGAGUUUGCAUUCAGGAGACUAUAAUGAAAUUGAGCAAUUGCUAGACAAUGAUUGCUGGGAAGUCUGUAAGAAUGCUUGAGUUUUCUUAAAAGUAGUAAGAUGCUGUGAUAAGACUGGAAUUUGAUACGGUCCCUGCCUUUGAGACUCAAGGAUUAAUUUUGAGGCAAUCAACAUCUUUGAUGGCAAUUACUGAGUUUCCUAGGAAUUAAACCUAGAGGAUACCUAGAAAUAAUAUUUAAAAGAAAAAGCAAGAAAUAUUCAAAGAUACCAAGAUUAAACAAUUUUUGGUGAGAAUAUUAUCAGGUAAACAGAUAAGAUGAAAUAGGCUAUUUUGCUUUGCUCUUUGAUGGUUUUCUAGAAACUGUCUAGUUGAAAGCCAGUCUCAUCUUCAUUGAUGUUUGGUUGAAUUCACUUUGCAUUCAGAUUUCCAUCUCUGCCCCUUAACUACUUGAGUCUCCUUUGCCAACUAAAUUUUUUAGUCUCCCUAUUUCUCAUCUCUGAGAGGACAUUAGUACUUCAGAGGGGAUAUAAAGUUACCAGAGGAAAAGUGAAAGCUCAGAAAAGGCAGUAACUUGUAUUUCUUGUAAGUACAGAAAGGAUGUGCAAAAACUCAUGGAAGAAGCCCUUCAAAAAGCAGAGGUUGAUGAGAUAUGCUUUCACCAGGAGGGGCUCAGUAGCCAUGGGAAGAUUUUUCUACUCACAGGUGCAUUUUGUGUUGAUUUGGUCGAGGCCCAAGGAAUCUCUUGACCUGCCAUAGUUUGAAUCUUGAAUGACCCCCAAAGCCUCGUGUCAAAGCAGCGGUUUCCAGUCCUCCAAUCUUUGGGAACCAGACCAGAUCACAGGAGGUAAGUGACAGGAUGAGCAAGUGAAGCUUCAUCGGUAUUUACAACUCCCUGUACCUGGCAUUGCCACCUGGGCCCUGGCUCCUGUGAGAUCAUGGAACAUUAGAUUCUCAUAGGAGCACGAAUCCUACUGUGAACUUCGCAUGCAAGGGAUCUAGGUUGUGCUCCUUAUGAGAGUCUAACCCCAAAAUCAUCCUUUUCCUCUGGAAAAACUGUCUUCUGUGAAACCAUUCCCAGGUGCCACAGAGAGAACCCCUGUGUUAAAGGCUUGGCCACCGGCCUGUGCCACCACUUGGAGGUGGUAAAUCCUUUGCGAGCUGGGACCUGGUGGGAGGGAGAUCACUCUUGGGAUGCCCUUGAAAGGAAUGUGGGGAACCCAGCCCCUUCCUCUCUCGCUGUUUGCUUCCCUGCUGCCACCAGGCACACCGCUUCCUCUGCCACAUGCUUGGUGUGCCCCUUCACCACAGGCCUGCAGGCAGCAAAACCAAGUGACCGUGGACUGAGACCUCAAACUAUGCCAAAAUAAACUUAUUUUCCUCUUUGAAAGUUGGUUUAGUUGAGGUAUUUUGUACUAUUUUAUAGUACAUUACUAUUUUAUAAUAAUGAAAAACUGACACACCUGCCAUCCUCCUGGUCAUGAUGUCACAACCGUGCUCUGUAUUGCAGUUCUGAGGUUGGGUCAGAGUCCUUGCCAGUCAGAGGUCGUAGUGGCAGUUCCUGCCUGCUACAGGGUAUUUAUAUUCUGACGCAUACUGUGGCACAAGUGCUGGAAAUAUGGUGUCGGUUUACAGUCUCUUCAGCUAAAUAAGAGCCUUCUUCAGUCUAAUAAGAAUCUCAUCAGUUACCAGUUGCAUCAGGGCUUGGUUUUUUGUUUUAAGGCAUAGUUUCAGUAAUGUAUUCACUAAAAAUCUUAAACAUUAUGGGAAAAGCCAGUAUUUCAAGUCUUACCUUGCUUGGCUAAAUUAACACUAAAUAUAGAUCACUAUUUUGUGCUAGUGUUUAUGGGGCUAGUGGGAGCACUUGUGUGCUGAAGGAAGGCAAAGAAAGAGGUACGGAAUUUGUAGAAAGCAAGUUUCAUUGUUGCUCCUGAUUAACUAGUUGCUUUUUCCUGGCAAUCAAGUAGUCAAAGCUCAUAUUUUUGGACAAUGAAUCAUUCUUUCCAGGACACUGGCUCUUGUGGCAUACAUGAAGAUGGAAAGCUGUAUGUCGUGGAUUCCAUAAAUGACCUAAACAAACUGAACCUCUGUCCUGUGGGAUCACAGCAUCCGUUCCCCCUAGACGAGAAAGCCCCAGGUCUUGGCACCAACUCCGGAAAUGGAAGCCGGAGUCUGUUUUUUGUGGGGCUGCUAAUUGUCCUGCUUGUCAGCCUGACACUGGUUUUCUUCGUGAUAUUUCUAAUAAUUCAGACUGCAAACAAGAUGGAGGAUGUGUCGAGACGAUUAGCAGCCGAAGGAAAGGACAUAGAUGAUCUUAAGAAAAUCAACAAUAUGAUCAUAAAGCGACUCAACCAACUGGAUUCUGAACAGAACUAAAGAAAUGGUUUUUCAAGAGCAGCUGCUAAUAGCUGGACCUUCCUACUUUCCCAGGAGAGUACAAAGUUAAGAACUGAGGAAGUGCAUUUCAUCAGGUGGGCGAUUUGAUCAGCAAAACCAGGUCUGGGUCAGGGAUGUGAGCAGCUCCAAGGCAAGCAGGCAGGGUUGGAGCCAGCAGCUGGAAAGGAAUGAACUUAGUCUCAUUUUCUGGUAGGGUACUUCAGCUUUAAAGGGGUUAGGGUGGGUGCCUAGCAUGGGGGAGAACCAGCAGAAAGCAAGAGGAUCCUGUUGCAUACUUACCCCUUCUCUUUCGAAAGAGCUUGGUCCCAAGUUCACUGUGCCGGUGAGGUUCAUGGUACCUCACACACCUUUGCAGAUUCCUGUGAAAGCCUUUAUAGCAAGUUGGGUGGGCUUUGUAGCAAGUUGCUGCCUGGUGAUUGCUGGUGAAAACAUGGAUGCUAUGUGGUAGGGCCGGGGAUCAACAGAAAAAGUCUAAUUAAUUCAACAUAUUUAUUGAGUGUCUGCUUGUGCAGAUCACCCUACUCUAAGGGAGCUCACCUGCAAGUGUGGGGAAAGGGAGAUGCAUAUGGCAUUAGAUGAACCUUAUUUACUUUCUCAUGAAGAAAACAUUCCCUUAGUACCCUUUUCAUUGAUUUGGAAUAAACACAAAAUAUUGUACUUAGCCAUUUUUGCACUCGAAUGUUUGUACUGCAUACUUGUUUUUCUUAGGCUAGCUAUGCAGAACCUUUUUAAAAUCUGAAAUCUGUGUUUACUGCAUAAUUCUUGUUGAUCUAUUGAUAAGGUAUUUGUUAUCAGGAUUUGUUGUAAAAUUGUAAAAUUGUACUACUGGGGAUUUGAUGUAACAACUCUAAAAAUUUCCACUUCUUUCUGUUUGCUCUUCUGUCAUUUUUCCCUUUCUAUUUAUACAGUGAAUAUAUUUUAUGCUCAAUAAUAAAUGAUUUUAUUAUGAGAAGUUUAUGACUUUAA